AUGAACUCGAUAUGUCCAGUAUGUAGUAAGCCCAUACUCAAAUCUUUGCUCGAGCGACAUGUUAAUAGUUGUUUAGAUAAUCAAGAAGGCAAAACUAAAGAUGGCGAGACCACUAGGUUACCCAGUACAAGUACAAUUGAAUCAAUCGAUGUAAAGCCGAGAAAGCGGGAUGCAUUUUUUGCUCUUGGGUUGAAAGCUGAUGGUCAUUCACUUUCAGAGUCACUAAAGAAACGACCGAAACCUGAGUCUAGAAGCUUUAUACAGCAUCAUCAUCAAACUGUGAAAGCCAGCCACAAGGACCCCAAGUCAUUAGAGGAACAAUUCAAAAUAAUAGCAAAGGGAAAAGAGGAAAUGGAAGAAAAGGAAGGAAAGGAAGAGAAGGAAGGAGGUCAAAAUCAAAAAAAGCUCGCUAAUAAACCAGAAACCACCGAGAGUAGUAGCGGUAGCAGCAGCAGCAGCAGCAGCACUAGUAAUAGUGGUAGUGGUGGCGGCGGCGGCUCGACGAUCAGCUCACAACCACCACAGACUGAAUCGCGUAGUAAUCCAAAAGAAAACAUUGCAGAACUAAGACGACGAGCAAACAUUCCAUUAGCUCAUAGAUUGCGACCAAAGACCUUGGACGAAUUCAUUGGACAAGAAAAACUACUAGGUAAAAAUGCUCCUUUGCGAAAUAUAAUCAAGGCAGACCUUAUACCUUCUUUUUUACUAUGGGGACCACCCGGUUGCGGAAAAACGACAUUGGCUCGCAUAAUUGCAAGAACAACUAGCUGCAAAUUUGUUGAACUAUCUGGCGCCGACAGUAAUGCAAAACACUUGAAGGAAGUUUUCACUCAAGCGGAAAAUCAAAAACGGUUGACUGGCCAAAGAACUAUUCUUUUUCUUGACGAAAUUCAUAGGUACAAUAAGGCUGUCCAAGAUUUGCUACUUCCUAUUUUGGAGAAAGGUAUAUGUACGGUGAUUGGGGCAACUACAGAGAAUCCAUCUUUUGUUCUAAAUAAUGCCCUUUUGUCGCGAGUUCACACGUUUGUGAUGGACUCAUUGACCACAGAAUCAGUUGUAAAAAUACUUACUCGAGCUUUGUUUGACAUUAAUCAAAUAAGAAGAAACUUAUUUCAUUUGCAUUAUAUGACUCUCGAAGACGAAGCAUUUACGUAUAUUGCAGAACUAUGCAUGGGCGAUUCACGUAUAGCAUUAAAUAUCCUAGAAACGGUAAAUGCGUAUUUGUCAUCUGAAGAAUACAACGCAAAAGAAGUGGAUGGGUUUCGAAAGCAAGGUGUGAUUAAAGUAACAGUUGGUUUACUCAAGCAGAUUUUGAAAUCUCGAAAUUUUCACCAAACUUAUGAUAGAGCUGGCGAUGCUCACUAUGACAUUAUUAGUGCUUUCCACAAAUCUGUGAGGGGAUCCGAUCCAAACGCUGCAAUGUUUUAUUUGGUAAAAAUGCUAUCAGGAGGCGAGGACCCAAUGUUCAUUUUGAGGAGAAUGAUUGUGAUUGCUAGUGAAGAUAUCGGUUUGAGAGAUAGCUCUUGUUUGCCGUUUAUGAUGGCUGCCAAGGAAGCUGUUGAGUUUGUAGGAAUGCCCGAAGGAGAGAUAAUAUUGGCUCACUGUGCGAAUAAGCUAGCCAGAGCACCAAAAUCCACAAAAUCGUACCGCUCGUUGCGUUCGGCACAAAAGCUCAUAAGUGAACAUCCCGAAUUUACGCGUCUUGCUGUCCCCAUUCAUUUGAAAAAUGCUCCAACAGGUCUCAUGAAAGAAAUGGGGUUUGGUGCAGAAUACAAGUAUAAUCCAAAAUACGAAAAUGGAAUAGUGAACCAAACAUAUUUCCCGGAUGGGAUGCAACCAGUGAAAUUUUUAGAAGAUACACAUUUAGGAACAUUAAGGGAUCCCAAUGUUGCUGAUGAACUAUAUGAGCAAGCAAAUGAAGCAAAAGAGGAUUACGAAAAAUACAAAAGAGAUAAAAGGGAAUUUUUGAAGAAGGAAAAGGAAUCGAAUGAUGUUCCUACUGAAAACAAAAAUGAAAACGAUGCUAAUGAUGAAAUGUACUACGACGAAUACAAUCAAGAUCAAAGAGACGGUGAUUCGGAUGAUCCAGAUUCUACAAACAAUUUUGGGAAAUCGUAUGACGAGUUCUUAGAUAGAGACUCGCAACCAGAAUAUUUCGAUGAAGAAGUUGACAUAUUAAACUGA